GAUUAUACUUUAAUCGCAUGUCGCACUGUCCACCCCUGUGACGUCCAAAUUGGCGCAGCAAUUAGUUGAUCUUCCCGCCUUUCUAAUUAACCCUGAAGCAGACGACUUUGAUUGGUGAUCGCGCCGUCUGCUGCCCUACUUCCGUUGAACCGUUUAGAGACGUCACGUGACCGCACUGAAUGAUGGGAUAUCCACAGACAAUGACACGUUUAGCCUCGUUCCUGCUCCGUUUAACGGCUGUGUUUACAGCAGGCUGGGUACACAUUUGAGCUGAAAAUCCUCGGUGCCAGAACUGUUAUCACCUCGUCUGGCAGGAGUCGUCUGUUGAUUCAUAGGAUUCGGACUCGGCUCCGGCGAAAGUUUGCAGACGACUGAUGGUGCCGGGCUCAAUCCUGCAGGACAGGCUGACGGUGACAGGGAGAUAGCAGCAGACAAAAGCUGUUGGCGUCUGCUUGCUACGUCAGCGUCAUGAACACUCGCAGACGGCAAGCCUUCAGUGGACGUGACGUCAUUCAAGAUGGCUGAUAAUGAAAAGCAGGAGCCUGUACGACAGUCUCUGUGUGCGUCACUCAGGCGUGACGGCCACUGGAAAUGUCUGUGUCUGACCUUGUUGAUCGUCGGAUGUCUGGCCGCCAUCUCAUGGUGCCAUCUCACCAUAGCACACAAGAAAAUCUUGACCUUCAUGGAGGUGACCUUCAGUAACACGGAAAGGUCAGGGCCUUGUAAGGAAGGCUACAUCUACAUCCCCGUGGCCUUCGUCAUCAUGUUGUACCUGGUCUACCUGGUCGAGUGCUGGCACUCUCAUACACGGCUGGAACUCAGGUACAAGUGCGACAUCGCCAGCGUGUACAACACCAUCUACCAGAUGCAGUCUGCCCUCCCCGUCAUCUGGUGGAAGGCCACGUGCUACCACUACGUCAGGAGGACACGUCACGUGAUGAGGUACCGCAACGGUGACGCCUUCACCUCCACCCAGGUUUACUACGAGAGGGUCGACUCCAAAACGGCGGGCGCGGCCUUCAACCACACGCAGUGCGGGGUCAAGGACAUCUCUCGACCUUUGACCGACCUCGAGAAGUACCCGGCCAUCAAGAUCAAAAUCAGCAAGGGCUUCUCGUUCGCCAACCUGGACACGGAGUUCGAGUUCGAGGAGCAGCGAGCCCAGUUCUUCCAGGAGUACGAGACCAAGGACGACUACAUGGAGGGCCGCGAGGGCAUGGAUCUGGUCAACGUCGACUUCAAGGAGUACAUGAUCGCCUUCAGGGACCCCGACAACCUGCCCUGGUACGUCUCGCACGCCAUCUUCUGGCUCGCCUCCCUCCUGCUGCUCUCCUGGCCGCUCAGGGCCAUCAUCGAGUUCAAGACGGCGCACCUCCACUACCACAUACACAAACUUUUCGGCAGCAACUACCUGGAGGCCGAGAGCUACCCGCCCAUCAUGAGCCGCGUGAGUACCAUGAACAGCGUCGACCUGGAGAUGAGCAUACGCAACAACAACGUCAUCGUCCCCAGCUAUUCGGAGGCCAUGUUGGCCGAGGCGCAGCAGGCCAUGCGGCGUGACUACGGGGCCAUCAAGAAAAACGGCGGGAAAUUUCCGCGAAGUCUGACCAACGUGACCUUGUCUGCUCGGUCAUCGGUGGGUCAAAGGUCACUGACCCCGACGGUGACGAUGAACCAGGUGAAAAAGUUCAAGAGCUGCAGCGCUUUUGUCAAGUCGGACUCGAGCGAGGGGUCAAGCGGAAGUAUACGUCAGCAGAUCCAGCAGCUGCUGAGAGACAGGGGUCGUCUGCAGAGGAAAACUAACGGCGCCUCGUCCUUCAGCGUGUCCGCACUCUCCAUGGUCAACGGCAACGUCCGGUUCAACGUCGGCACGCCCGUCAGUCCUGACGACACCAGCAUGUCCUACAGCCUGUCCUGCUACUCCGUGGCCUCCUCCAGGACUAAUGACGUCAGCACUGAAGCGGCGGUCACUAGCGCGGGGGCGCGCCCUGAGAGAGCCAAGUCUUCGACCAGCGGCGGCAAGACCCAGCGCGUGAAACAAGUGACGGGGAUCAUGAACAGGUCGAAAAGUGUCCCCGGGUCGGACUCGGACAUUGUCCACAUCUUGAGGAAACACCAUCCCGGCGACAGCAACGGCUCUCGUCAGUCUCUAGCGCACUCCAACCCCAUCCCCAUCCCGGGGUGUUCUCGCGCCGUGAGACCAUCUACCAGCACCCCAGUCACCCACCCCUCCUCCUUCACCGCCAUCACUCCCCCAUCGCCGCCCAGCUACGAAGACGCCAUCAUGAUGCGGCGAAUAACAUCCCCACGCCCCCCGAGCACGGCCCCCCUAACUCCCAUCACCACGCUCUCGGAAAUUGAAUUAACAUGGGACUCGCCACUAGCUGUUUCCAAAGGGGAGAUAACUAUCAAGGGGCCCUGUCUUGCCGGAGGGGAAAUAACCGCCGCGAGACCGUGGCUUGAUGAGCAACAAAACACGGGUCCUCAACUCGGGUCACUGACCCAGAUUGCAAUCGAUACGGCCCUCUCGUCCACUCACUCCGGCCACGGCCUGAGCCGGGUGAGUACACACGAGCCAGCGGUCAUUGAGACGAGCCAGGCCAGCACAAGUCAAGCAGACGUCCAGCAUUCCCCGCCCACCCGGCGCCUACCGACACUCAAACCCCUGCCAAAAGUAAAUGCCCCGAGAAAUUAUUCCGACUCGGAAGAUUCCGAUUCGGAGUGUUUACCUAUGACGUCAUCCCUGGAACAGUUUCGUUUGGAGAACGUGUCCGACCCAAAUGCCCCCCGACGGUCGCACGGCCGGACACUACGGCGCGUGGGAUCGAUGUCUCCCCCUGCCAGUUCCCAUCACUCCAGGCUUGACCUCGCGGCUGACCCUUCGACCGGCCACAUCCACGACCGGACCCGGCCCUACACGGCAGCCUCGGCCUCCAACAUCCGCAGCUCCGGCACCCGGCACCACCGCAGCAGACGCAAAGAGACGCCAGUCUAACGCCUGAACAUUCACGCCAUCUAUAGCAACAUCGUCCUAUUUAUAGCAACAUUGACCUAUUUAUAGCAACAUCGUCCUAAAAAACUUAAAGCAAUCAAUCUAUGCCCUUACAUCAUCCACCAUUUGACACCAAGCGACAGCAGCCACCCGCCAUUUACAUCACUUGGUUUAUCGCAGCUCAAGUCGCCGAUAUCAUCGUCCACA